AUGGCUGACGUCUUGAUGGUCCGGAUUGCAGCGGCCUUGCGGAAGGUGUCCUUUCACAACGACCAGCCACGGUUUCGGCAUCGCAGGCUGGCGGAAAUGGCAGAGCUGGACAGCAACACGCCGAUGGCGAUCCCAUCGACCAAGUCGGAAGGCGCGUCGACCGACAGCGAGCAGAUGCUGACGCCGUCAAUGGGCAGCAGCAGCAGUGGGAUCGGAGCAGCAGCAGAAGCGGCAGCAACAGCAACGGCAGCAGCGGCAGCAGCGGCAGCAGCGGCAGCAGCAGCAGGUACGACUAGCAGAACGACAUCGACGGCCACCACAACACCAGGCGGCUCGCCACAGCUGACGGCCGAACAGUCGAUGGCCGAGACGCCGCAGCUGGGACCGACAACGCCGGCGGACAAGAGCCCGCGAAUGGGCUCGACAUCGUCGCGACACGCAUCGUUCUCGGGCAGCAGCUCGUACCUGGAGGACUGGGACAUUCCGCCGCUGGACCGACUGGGGAUGUUGGACCUGCUGGACAACUUUGCCCUGCCGCAGCAGCUGGAGAAGCUGAGCAAGGGCAUCUCAGCACAGACACGCAAGCUGCGCGAGUCGCGGGAUGCUCUCAAGUCACGCAGCCAGGGUGCACGCAGCCGCAUGGUGGAAGAAUGGCGGCAACGGGCGCCGUCAGCCGAAGAACAGCUGGAACGAUACCGCAAGCGGAUGCGCAUCAACGUCGAACGGCUCGGACGGCAGUGGAACGACACGCGGGCCAUCACGAUGCGCGAGAAGGUGUCGUUUAUCUGCGGCGUGCUUAACAUCUUUAUCAGCGGAUACCUGAUCGGCGGCUGGCCGGAAUGGAUGCCGCUGUGGUACACCGUGCAGCUCUGCUAUUUUAUGCCGGUGCGUUUCUACACGUAUCGUCGCCGCGGCUACCACUAUUUUCUCGCCGAUCUCUGCUACUUUGUCAACAUGCUGCUGCUGCUCAGCAUCUGGGUCUUUCCCGGGUCGCGUCGGCUCUUCGUUGCCACCUACUGUCUCGCCAUGGGCAACAAUGCGGUUGCGAUCAUCAUGUGGCGCAAUUCGCUCGUCUUCCACAGUUUCGACAAGGUCACGUCGCUCUUCAUCCACGUCAUGCCGUGUGCCACUCUGCACAGUCUCGUCCACCUGCUCGAUCCCGACACCCAGCGUCGCCGCUUUCCCGCCAUCUACGCCGUCCUGCACUCGCCGCCCGGCACGCCUGGUGCCUACGCUAACGUCGUCUCCAUGCUGUCGUGGUCCACCAUCCCCUACGCCGUCUGGCAGCUGUCCUACUACUUUUUCAUCACCGUGCGGCGUCGCGACAAGAUCGCCGCUGGCCGGCCGACCUCCUUCACCUGGUUGCGUCGCUCCUACAGCGGCACCUGGAUCGGCCAUGUCGUCCUCUCGCUGCCCGGCACUCUGCAGGAGCCUGCCUUCAUGCUGAUCCAGUACCUCUAUGCCGUCCUGACCAUGCUGCCGUGUCCUCUCUGGUUCUACCAUCGUGGUGCCAGUGCCAUCUUUCUCUUCUCCGUCUUCACCUGGAGCAUCUACAACGGCGCCACCUACUACAUUGACGUCUUUGGCAAUCGCUUCCAGAAGGAGCUCGAGACCAUGAAGCUCGAGGUCGCCAAGUGGCAUAUCGCUGCCGACGGUCCUGUCGGCCACCAGCGCGGCGCCAGCACUGCCAGCACUGUCGAUGGCCUCCACAGCAACGACGCCAGCCCCCCCCUCGAUGCCGUCCACCGCUCCCACAGCAUCGAUCAGAUCCCCCUGCUGGACGCCAGCCAGAACGGCACCACCACCCACACCACUUCGCCAGCCGGGGCCACUGGCACCGGCGUCGAGGCAGACGAGGGUGCCAAGGACGUGGCGCGGCGUCGGGCUGUCUAA